AUGAGUGGAGAAUUUGAUUUUCGAGCAUUGCUACUCAAAAUACAAGAUCUUCUAUCCGAUAAUGAUCGACUUCGUUUUCUUUUUCUUCUUGGCGAAGACGUUCCCAGAUAUUUGCGCGAUGAUCCAUCACUUAAUGGAACGCUUCGUGUAUUGGAAUCUCUUUUCGAAAAGGCAAUAAUCAGCGAUCAAGAUUGUGAUUACCUUAUUAAAGCAUUCAAGAAAAUACAUUGUAAUGAUGCUGCAAAACGUCUUCAAGGCCAUCCAUUACGUGGGAAUUCCAUUGACAUUUAUCCAAAUGCUCGAUGGCAACAGAAUGGUCUCACUGUAGCUGGAAAAAAUAGACAAGGCAAUGAAAUCAAUCAACUCUCUAACCCAUUCGGUUUGUAUGUGGAUGAUGAUCAAACAAUCUAUGUCGCUGAUCGAUGGAAUCACCGUGUUGUGGAAUGGAAAUGGGGUGCAACGAGUGGCCAAGUGGUUGCCGGUGGAAAUGGAGAAGGAAGUGGAGCUCACCAGUUGUCUGAACCACUAGAUGUAAUUGUUGACAAAGAGAGAGAUAGUCUCAUCAUCUGCGAUCGUUCGAAUACUAGAGUGGUUCGAUGGCCUCGUCGAAAUGGGACAAGUGGAGAAACAAUCAUCUCCAACAUCUAUUGUGUGGGUUUGGCAAUGGACGAGAAUGGAUCUCUCUAUGUCGUUGACUAUCGAAAAGCUGAAGUGAGACGAUAUCAAAGAGGAGAAUCUCAAGGAACAGUGGUUGCAGGUGGCAAUGAAAGUGGAAAUCGUCUCGAUCAACUCUCUAUCCCACAAUACGUAUUCGUCGAUCGAAAUCAUUCAGUGUACGUGUCUGAUUGGAGAAAUCAUCGUGUGAUGAAAUGGAUGGAAGGUGCAAAACAAGGUAUUGUCGUGGCUGGGGGUAAAGGAGAAAAUGGUCUUACACAAUUGUCAGAUCCUCAAGGUGUCGUUGUCGAUCAAUUGGGCACUGUCUAUGUGGCUGAUGACGGGAAUGAUCGAGUCAUGCGUUGGCCCAAAGGAGCCACAAAGGGAAGUGUCAUUGUUGGUGGAAACGAUAGAGGAGAACAAUCGAACCAACUCAAUGGGCCCGUUGGUUUGUCAUUCGAUCAACACGGCAAUCUCUAUGUCGUCGAUAGCGGGAAUCAUCGAGUACAAAAAUUCAAUAUCGAUUCCAAUAAAUAA